AUGGAGGGGUUCAACUAUUCCAGAGUAUCUGAAUUCGUAUUACUUGGACUUACUGAUUCACCUGAACUCCAGAUAUUCUUCUUUGUGGUGUUUUCUGUCUUCUAUUUAAUGACCAUGUUGAGCAACUGCCUGAUUUUGCUCACUGUCUUAUCCACCUCACACCUUCACUCUCCCAUGUACUUCCUGCUCAGCAACCUGUCUCUCACUGACAUGUGCCUGUCCUCCUUUGCCACACCAAAGAUGAUUAUGGACUUUUUUGCUCAGCGUAAGACCAUCUCGUUUGAAGGCUGCAUUUCUCAGAUCUUUUUUUUGCACCUCUUCACUGGGACUGAGAUUGUGCUGCUGAUCUCCAUGUCUUUUGACAGGUAUAUUGUAUGUAAACCUCUCCAUUAUUCAACAAUUAUGAGCCGAAGAGUGUGUAUUGAGCUUGUGCUAGUUUCUUGGACAGUGGGCUUUCUGCAUACAAUGAGCCAAUUAGCUUUUACCCUCUAUUUGCCCUUCUGUGGUCCCAAUGUUGUAGAUAGUUUUUUCUGUGAUCUUCCUUUGGUCAUCCAGCUAGCUUGUAUAGAUAUUUAUGUUCUUGGGAUCUUCAUGAUUUCAACCAGUGGUGUCAUUGCUCUUAUAAGUGUUCUGCUUUUGCUCGCCUCCUACAUCAUUGUUCUUAUUACUGUCAGGGACUACUCGUCCACAGGAUCCGCCAAGGCUCUUUCUACUUGUACAGCACAUUUUAUUGUUGUGUUAAUGUUCUUUGGACCCUGUAUUUUCAUUUAUGUGUGGCCUUCCACUAACUUCCUGAUAGACAAAAUUCUCUCUGUUUUCUAUACCAUCUUCACUCCCUUUCUGAAUCCACUUAUCUAUACUUUGAGAAACCAGGAAGUAAAGACAGCAAUGAAGAAGAAAAUGAAUACCCAAUAUUUCAGUCUUGGGAAAACUGCUCCAUGA